AUGUCGAACGCAAGCUUCCACCCCCCACCGUCAAUCACUCUCCCCGACGAAGUAGUUGCCUGCCUCCAAAACGCCCGCUUCCUCCACCUCGCAACCUCGCACCACAACGUGCCCCACAUAUCCCUCAUGAACUACACCUACCUCCCUCAGACGCCCUACCACCCUCACCCCAUCAUAAUCAUGACGACACCGCCGCCCACUUCCUCGCAGAAAACCGCCAACCUACUCAGCAACCCGCGCGUCAGCCUGCUAGUGCACGACUGGGUAUCGCACCGCCCGCCGACGCUCUCGCAAGAAGGCCGCGCACCGAGCCCCACGCGCGGUGGCACCGGCGAGCGCAGCAGUCUGGCCUCGCUGCUCAUGGGCAUCAACACCGCGGCGCUGAGCCGCAUCAGCGCGACCAUCAACGGGACCGCGCGGCUGGUCGACGCCGGCUCGGACGAGGAGACGUGGCUCAAGAAGCAGCAUCUCGAGAACAACACGUUUUGCGACUCGGCGUUUAGCAGCAGUCCGGAGCAGGCGGGGGGCCUGUGGUUGGGGCAGCAUCGGCAGGGGCAGAGGCAGCUGGAGGAUGAGGAUGGAGACGGGGGGAGGGGGACAUAUAUUGAAGGACAGGAGGUCAGGGUCGUGGUGGUCAGGAUUAGGGAUGGGAGGGUGGCGGAUUGGAAGGGUGGGGUGCGGGAUUGGUGUCUUGUGGGUGGGGAGGAGGAGGAUGCGGGGAUGGUUAAUGGGACGUGA